AUGAACAUCGUAGAUCACAUAACCAGGAUCAUGGAAGAAUACUCGGCGGAGCUUGAAGCUCAGGUGGAGGAUAGGACAAGAGAGCUACAGGAGGAGAAACAGAAAACGGAAAUGUUGAUCGCCAGCAUGCUGCCUUUUGACAUAGUUGGAUUUUCUCAUAUAACCGCGAAAUCGACAGGUGGGCAAAUUGCCGAGUUCCUCAACGACCUCUACUCCACAUUCGAUCUUGCAAUCCGAAACUUUGAGGUCUACAAGGUUGAAACUAUCGGCGACUCCUAUGUGGUGGCCUCGGGUUUGCCAAUCCGCAACGGUCGCAGACACGCCGGCGAAAUCGCAUCGAUGGCACUUGAGCUGCUCAGCAUCAGUGGCAGGUUCGUCAUUCGUCACAUGCCGACGAUUCCUCUGCUUCUGCGUAUCGGUAUACAUACGGGUGAGUUUACAUUUGACCCCUUUCAGUCCGCGCUUAAGCGAUGCGUUCAACUGCAGAGAGCAAAUCAGCAUUCUGCUGGAGUUUGCCUAAGAAGUAAACGUAGAAGAUAA